AUGAAGGUGUUUCAUAGUUUGCUUGGAGAAGAAACUUGUAGUUGUCGAGUCUUCCAAAUGGAAGAGAUACCAUGUUCGCAUGCUUGGGCUGUUAUAAAGAGCAAAAAUCUCACUGCUGACGAUUAUUUCUCCAACUUAUACAAACCAAAUACUGUGGUGAAGACAUAUGAUGUCCCAGUCUGUCCUCUUCUGGAUGAGAGUGAAUGGAAGAUACCUAAUUUCAUAUCCGACGAAGUAGUCUUGCCGCUAAGAUACAAGAGACCACCAGGAAGGCCGAAGAAGAAGCGCGAUAAGCCAUUACUUGAAACUUUACUUGGUAAACGUAGAACUUCUUGUAGUACAUGUGAAAAUCUUGGCCAUAAUAGGUGUACCUUGUUUAACCAAAUGUGA